GAUUUUUCACCUCAGAAAGCUGGAGAGUGGGAUCAUAUCUCACAGGCUUUGGAUUAGCAGCUCAGCUGGGAGGUUAAAUAAAGUUAAGUAGUUAGUGGGGUCAUCAGAUCCACCAUUUGGUCAAUACGCUGAGUGAAGAAACAUUUUUAUUCUCUAGGAUUUGAGCAUUGCAGACAGCCUUAAAAAAUGAAUCAAAAUGCUUGUGAGAUCGCUGCCUUCCUCCUGUGUAUUGCGGGCUGGGUCCUAACAACUUCUACCUUGCCUAUUGAAUUCUGGAAAGUGUCGACUAUUACCAACAUUGUCAUUGUGACGGGAAAUUUUUAUUCCAACCUCUGGAAGAUAUGUGUCCACGGUUCAACUGGAGUUUCUGACUGCAAAGACUUUGAGUCCCUACUGGCAUUGCCAGUUCACAUCCAAGUCUGCAGAGCAUUCCUGAUUACUGGUGUCAUCCUUUGUUUUUUGGGAGUCAUCCUUGCAUUGGUUGGGAUGAAGUGCACCAAGAUUGGAGGAUCAGAUAAGACCAAAGCUAAAUUUGCUUUUACAGCGGGAAUACAUUUCAUAGUUGGUGGUCUCUUGUCUAUGAGUUGUUUCUCGUUGUAUGCAAACCGAAUUACAUCAGAAUUUUAUGACGCAAAAUUUUAUCAAACAAAAUAUGAAUUAGGAGCUGGCUUGUUCAUUGGUUGGGCGGGCUCUCUGCUUUGCAUUGUAGGAGGUAUUCUUUACUGUAUCGCAACGUCAAAAGUGGCGUUCCAAAAAAAAAGGAAAGGUUACAUUAACAAAGGAAAUGCCAUAACAAAUGAAAUUGUGAUGCCAACCACACAAAGUAAAUCGAAACAGUUUGACAGAGCUGCCUACAUUUAGCAGAAAGAAGAAAGCUGGAGGACUGGAUUUGUUCACAAUGUGCUGUACAGUUAUUUCACCUUGACUUUGAAUUGUAAAGUUUGCAUACUGCUUAGUCCUGGAAAGCUUUCCUGACUAUAUGCUUUGACUUUCUUGAGAAAAGCAAGCUCAGGAAAUGUUCAGUUAACUUCUUUCACCAGAUCAAUUUUCUGAAUGAAAAAUAACUGUAAGUCUUGACAUCCAAGUUACUCUUUAGCUAUAAUGCAAGUUCAUGGAGAAUUUAUUUUGUAAAGAGGCCCUUUGCUGUCCGGCAUUGCAAGCUUAAAGUAGUGGACUUGAGCAUUAGAAACACUAAGAUAGAUGUCAAACGGUUUCCCAGGUAUUAGCAAUGAUGUUUCUCUGAACAGAUUUCAAAUGUAAAGUUUAAUCAAUUAUAUUAUAUAUGUAUGUUCACGAGUGCUUGCAGUGCAUACUGAAAUAAGGGUGGUUUGCUACCGUUUAUGAUAUCCAUGGACAUAUCAUUUUUAUAUAUUUUUUGUUUGUUUGUUUAAUAUUUCUUACAUUACUGUAAAUAUGUAACAAAAUAAAUGGAUGUCCCAUGCUUUUUUUUUUUUUUUUUUUCUUUUAGGAAAAAAUAAUUUUACUGUUAUUGUAUAUGGUAAACACCAUAAUGUAUACAUUGCUGUAACAAUUUUCUCCCCAAUAACACCCAACCAGUGGUGGCCAAACACUCUUCUUCUGCCAUUUAGCAAUUUGUUUUCUUUAUUAACACUGCUGGUUUACAGUUGCCACAACAGCCAUUAUUUUCAUAAUAGCAUCAGCACAGUUGUGCUAGCUUUGGAUUCACUAUGGCAUAUCCUGAACUCUCCAGAGUAAAAGUUAAGAAAUGCUUUUGGUUUUAAAUGAAUACAAAUAUAAUUCAGGAUUAUGUUGCAAAAUAUAUUUUAGUAGGUAGGAAAGAAACUCUGGAAUAGGUUAUACCCCAAGCUUACCUUUAACUUCUCAAUCGUGGUUUGACAUCAAGAGCUAUGCUAAAAUUAGAAAAUUUCAAUCCAAUGUAAAGUAUGUUUGUGUAUCAUGAAAUGAUAAUGUUGCUUUGUUUUUGCCCUAGCAUUAUGCAUAAGGGGUUGCUUAUUUAUGGACCAAUAAAGUGUUUUCAUUGCUA